GCGCCGCGGCCCUGACCGACCCUGCACCGCCACAGCCCGGCCCCGGCCCCGCCCGGCCCCGCCGCCGACAUGGGCACCGUGCACGCCCGGAGUUUGGAGCCUCUUCCCAUGACUGGGCCAGACUUUGGUGCCUUGGGAGAGGAGGCUGAACUGGUUGAAGUUGAACCUGAGACCAAGCAGGAGAUUCUGGAAAACAAAGAUGUGGUGGUUCAACAUGUGCACUUCGAGGGACUUGGAAGGACCAAAGAUGACAUUAUCAUGUAUGAAAUAGCUGAUGUUUUCAAGGCUAAAAAUCUCAUUGAUGUCAUGAGAAAAUCACAUGAAGCUCGUGAAAAGCUGCUUCGUUUAGGAAUCUUCAGACAGGUGGAUGUUCUGAUUGACACCUGUCAAGGAGAUGAUGCCCUUCCAAAUGGUUUAGAUGUGACCUUUGAGGUGACAGAAUUGAGAAGAUUGACUGGAAGCUAUAACACCAUGGUUGGCAACAAUGAAGGCAGUAUGGUCCUUGGGCUCAAGUUCCCAAAUCUCCUUGGGCGUGCAGAAAAAGUCACCUUCCAGUUCUCCUAUGGAACAAAGGAAACUUCAUAUGGCCUGUCCUUCUUCAAACCCCGGCCUGGAAACUUUGAAAGAAAUUUUGCAGUUAAUGUGUAUAAAGUGACUGGACAGUUCCCUUGGAGCUCCCUCCGUGAAACAGAUAGAGGAAUAUCAACAGAAUGUAAUUUUCCAGUCUGGAAGACCAAUCACACCGUGAAGUGGGAGGGUGUGUGGAGGGAGCUUGGCUGCCUUGCUAGAACAGCGUCCUUUUCCGUUCGAGAAGAAAGUGGACACUCUCUUAAAUCCUCUCUCUCUCAUGCCAUGGUAAUUGAUUCCAGGAACUCCUCAAUCUUGCCAAAACGAGGUGCUUUGCUGAAAAUCAAUCAGGAGCUGGCUGGUUACACAGGUGGAGAUGUGACCUUUCUAAAAGAGGAUUUUGAGUUUCAGUUGAAUAGGCAACUUCUCUGGGACUCGGUCUUCUCAGCGUCACUCUGGGGUGGAAUGUUGGUACCUAUUGGAGACAAACCAUCCAGUAUAGCUGACAGGUUUUACCUCGGAGGACCAACGAGUGUGCGUGGAUUCAGCAUGUACAGCAUUGGACCCCAGAGUGAAGGUGAUUACCUGGGAGGAGAAGCCUACUGGGCUGGGGGUGUUCACCUCUACACCCCUCUCCCCUUCCGGCCAGGCCGUGGAGGCUUUGGAGAUCUUUUCCGGACACAUUUCUUCCUUAAUGCUGGGAACCUCUGCAAUCUUAACUAUGGUGAUGGUCCCAGAGCUCACCUGAAGAAGCUGGCAGAGUGUAUCCGCUGGUCUUACGGUGCCGGCAUUGUGCUCCGACUGGGAAACAUUGCAAGGCUAGAACUCAACUACUGCUUCCCCAUGGGAGUACAGGCUGGGGACAGGAUAUGUGAUGGUGUUCAGUUCGGAGCAGGAAUAAGAUUUCUAUAAUACAGAAACAUUUUACAUCACUAAAUGAAAUUGUGCUCUGUCAUUGAAAUCAAGACUAUAAUAUACUUUGAUAAGGUCUGACUUUUUUCCUUGAAAUACAGAUACACAUCUGAGUGAUUUACCUCUUGGACUCCCCAAGAAACUACAUUAAAUAAUUAUGCUGUAAAGGUUCAUUGUACCUCUGAUUCUUAUCAAAGCUGGGAGAGUGUUUGUAGGAGUGUAGCUAUUUUAUCUUACAGCUUUUGUGUUCCAUAUUUUAUCUAGCUUUUAGUUAUUAGUUUUUACUUAAAAAUUUGAAAGUUAUGUCAGAUAUUGGCUCUUGGAUACUGUUCAUGUGAUUAUAGUUGUCAUUGGCCUGCAUGGCCUUCCCUCUUCCAACCACAAUUCUCACAAGUGGGAGUAUGGUUGGAAUGGAAAUUAAGGGGUUUUUCUCCAUCAUCAAUUUUUGUGAGCAAAUGACCCUGAAAAAAUCUGUUAUGUGUCAAAAAUGAUACCAUUUUGGUGGUUCUAAGUGAA